UCUUUUUCUCUGCUCAAGUCGCGUGACCACUCAGCUGACUCUGACACCCCAUGACUAGGAUUCCGACUUGAUUCGAGAGCGAUUCACUCGAUACCAAAGUCUUGUCAUCAGCUUCCUCGUUUUAAAGCUCACUUGAACAAAACUUCUUGCAAAAAUGGCAGGUGCUAUGGAUAGAGCGGCGAAGCUGCCCAAACUUGAAGAUGAAGAAAUGGAAUCAAAGUACGGAUACGUCUAUGCGGUUUCCGGCCCUGUUGUGACUGCCCAGAAGAUGUCUGGUUCAGCUAUGUACGAAUUGGUGCGAGUUGGCUAUUCUGAACUUGUAGGAGAAAUUAUUCGUUUGGAAGGGGACAUGGCCACCAUCCAGGUAUACGAAGAAACCUCAGGUGUCACAGUAGGAGACCCCGUUCUAAGAACAGGCAAGCCUUUGUCCGUGGAACUUGGUCCUGGCAUCAUGGAAUCUAUUUUCGACGGUAUUCAACGUCCACUUAAGGACAUCAACGAACUCACCCAAAGUAUCUACAUUCCACGUGGUGUUAAUACGCCAGCAUUGAGCGUCACCGCGGAAUGGGAUUUUAAGCCGUGCAACAUUAGGGUUGGAAGCCAUGUAACCGGUGGCGAUAUCUACGGAACGGUUUUUGAAAAUCGGAUGGUUAAACAUAAAAUGAUGCUUCCUCCGCGUGCGAGAGGUACCGUUACAUGGAUCGCUUCUCCUGGACACUACCAUGUUACUGAUAAAAUCUUGGAGGUUGAAUUUGAUGGUGAAAAGACCGGUUAUUCCAUGUUACAAGUGUGGCCGGUACGUCAACCGCGUCCAGUAGUUGAAAAGCUUCCAGCCAAUUAUCCUUUGUUGACAGGACAGCGUGUGUUGGAUGCUCUUUUCCCCUGCGUCCAAGGUGGUACAACUGCCAUUCCAGGCGCCUUUGGUUGCGGUAAAACUGUCAUUUCGCAAUCACUGUCCAAGUACUCGAACUCUGACGUAAUCAUUUACGUUGGUUGUGGUGAGCGUGGUAACGAAAUGUCUGAAGUACUUCGUGAUUUCCCUGAGUUGACAUGCGAGGUUGAUGGCAUUACCGAAUCUAUCAUGAAGCGUACAUCCCUGGUAGCAAACACCUCAAACAUGCCCGUGGCUGCCCGUGAAGCUUCCAUCUAUACGGGUAUCACCUUGUCUGAAUACUUCCGUGACAUGGGCUACAACGUCUCCAUGAUGGCCGACUCUACAUCACGUUGGGCAGAGGCUCUUCGUGAAAUUUCCGGUCGUCUUGCUGAAAUGCCUGCCGACAGUGGUUAUCCAGCAUACUUAGGUGCUCGUUUGGCCUCCUUCUAUGAGCGUGCCGGUCGUGUCAAAUGCCAGGGUAGCCCGGAACGUGAAGGCUCUGUGUCAAUCGUCGGUGCCGUAUCUCCACCUGGUGGUGACUUUUCAGAUCCCGUUACAUCCGCUACGCUGGGUAUUGUCCAAGUAUUUUGGGGUCUUGACAAGAAAUUGGCCCAACGUAAGCACUUCCCCUCUGUCAAUUGGCUAAUCUCGUACAGCAAAUAUAUGCGGGCUUUGGACGAUCACUACGAGCGUCAUUUCCCCGAGUUUGUCCCUCUUCGUACCAAGGUUAAGGAGAUUCUUCAGGAGGAAGAAGAUCUUUCCGAAAUCGUUCAACUUGUCGGCAAAGCCUCUCUUGCUGAAACAGAUAAGAUUACCCUGGAAGUCGCCAAAUUACUAAAAGACGAUUUUCUACAACAGAAUGGAUACUCGGCUUACGAUCGUUUCUGUCCUUUCUACAAAACUGUGGGUAUGCUACGAAACAUGGUUGGUUUUUACGACAUGGCCCGACAUGCAGUCGAGUCCACUUCCCAGUCAGAUAACAAGAUCACUUGGGGAACAAUCCGUGAAUCUAUGGGCAAUAUCCUAUACCAGUUGUCAUCCAUGAAGUUUAAGGAUCCGGUUAAAGACGGAGAGGCUAAAAUCAAGCAAGACUACGACGAACUGCAUGAGCAGAUGCAACAGGCCUUUAGGAAUUUGGAAGACUAAAAAGAUACAAUAACCACCCUGUGUGUUAGUUUUCCUCUUCGCAGAUUAUAAAGAAACAUCCGUAGCUCAUUCUGCGUUUCUUAAAAAAUUGUUUCGCAGCCAAGGCAGGUCUCUGUCAUUAGUUGACUUUUUUUUUAUUUUAUCUACUUGUUUUCUUGUGUGUGUGUAUAUGAUUUAUUUUGGAUUUUUUUUCUUGGUCCUGGAACACAAUAAUUCCAUUUUUGUCAUAUGAAAGAGCCAUCACCCAAAUUCGAUAAUUGUUGUUACAGAGCAUAACAAAUCUAGGAGAUUAAUGCAUGGAACAUUCCUGAUGGACAAAGUGCGUCUUGUUUCGGAUCACGUAUUGGAGGAAAUAACUUUUCUCUCUAUUCGUAUUUCUAUGGGUGUUCAAUAAAACUGCGAAAUUAGA